GAAUCUUCUUGAUCAACUAAAAAACAGUUGCAGCGUCGAGUUCUAUAUUUUUUUAAAAUAAUAUUUAAUUUUUAUGGUAAAUUAACUCUUGUCUUGUACUCUCUCACUAUUUUAUUUUAAACAAGAAUAUCAACAUCAUGGUCCUCUCUACGCGGUGUUCUUCUCUACCGCGGGUGGUGUCGCGAACGGUAUGCGAAACCACGGUCGUGGCGCCUCUGCAGCGAAGACCGGUUAUAACGCUAGUAGAGCAGCCGGUAGGUUCAGUUACUAGCGGUCUAGGAUCAGCAACGGCAUCAUCUUCCUCAUCAUCAUCGCUACGACGAGAGACGACGGUCGGGCCAGCAUUCGCAUCAAGGAUUCGUUAUAGCACAUCGGCUUCACCCGCGAUAGCACAGGCGACUUCUUAUUCAUCUUCAACGUCUUCAACGUCCUCUUCUCCUUCAACCAUCACCCAUAGUGCGACUAAAUUAGCAAGCAACUAUCGUGACUUAAGCGCUGUUGUUCUCACCAAAGAAGAUGAGGCAGUCGCACUGGAGUUAGUGCAGAAAUAUGCAGCGAUGGAGUUGAGGCCAGUGACACUGGCACAGAUAGCCCAAAACGGUAUCGACACAGAAUUUUUGCAACGGGAAUGGCUUAUCCGUCUAUCGCAUCGCAUUCAGGACUUUAGAGCGCUGUCUUACGCCGUGACGAGUUCGGCCAAGUUCUUCGAGACGUAUCAGUUGUAUUUGAAAACGCUGCUGUGCUUGUUAAGGCUUGGAUUUCUUGAACAUGAGACUAUAAUUGUGAUAAAUCCAUGCAAGAAAAUCGGUCCCGCUGUGGGGAAAGAAGUGAUCAGAAAUCCGAAGUUGUCGAUCGUACAUCAUCGCAAAAUUAAUUAAGUGCCACCUCUUCUAUUUCUAAUAGCCGAAGGCAUGUCUCCUGCUUUUUUAGAGAAGAGCAGCGGUGUCACAGGGACCCUGAUGCAGCAACACAGUGUGGUGCCGGAAGCUCUGCAAGUAGAGUACUCAAACUUCCGAGAUUCACACGAUUUAACGGACUUCUUCGAUAAGAUUUUCAUCACCCGAAUAGGAAAUCGUGUAUUGGGAGAAUCGUUUCAAAGGGGACGCACAUUAGUAACCGAGCAAUGCAGUGUCGCAGAUGUAGUUCGUGAAGUGACGCCUUUGGUACGCGAUUUAUGCAGACAAGCGUAUGGGAGCAAAACGUUGGGAGAAGUACUAAAUUCUUGUGUCACUUCGUUAUAGUUGACUUAUAUACUUUAAAUUUGAGUCAGGCCGCUUGGAUCGCAUCUUCAUCUUGGGUUACCACAAAAAUGGAAGUGCAGCAGUCACUACAGCCUCAUAUCAACUUAUCAACAACACCUGUCUCGAAUGGCGGUCAUUGAUCAAUCAGGUUCCUGACAUCGAGCUCACAGGGGAUUUGGAUGUUCGGUUCAGCUUUAUACAUGAGCAUUUGGGGUUUAUUUUGCAGGAGCUGCUAAAGAAUUCGCUCCGGGCUGUAGUGGAGAAUAGUAUCAUUAUGGCGAUGAUGUAUUCUUGUAGAGCAUGAAGGCCUUUAGGCUCUCUUUUCCUGUUUCAUUCUUCUACUACUCAGUCUUUUUCUAGUAGCCCCUAGUACUACUUGAUCUUGGAGGGCGGAUGUACUCAUCUGAAAGCAAAUUCAGUAGUAUCCCUCACUCCUCUAAUACCAUGCGUCGCAAACGUACUGCGGGUCUGCAGGGAGAUUCUGCAGUGUCAGCGAUUGCGGAGCGAGCCAAAAAUGCAGCGAAAGAACAAGCUGGACAAGGUGGAAAAUCUUCGAAACCGACACCGAAAGAUACUACCUCCUCAUCUACCUCGUCCUUGCCGGGAGCUUUUCCCCCAGUGAUUGUCGAAAUACAAAAAGGUGACUUCGAUGUCAUUAUCAAGGUUAGCGAUCAAGGCGGCGGCAUCCCGCGUACCAAUAUUGAGGAUGUUUGGCGAUACGGCUUCACGACUGUUGAUUUAGUUGCAUCAAAUGGAACAAGAGGUGGAAAUGGGAACGGCGUUUCUACACCAGGGUGUGCAUCAGAACCAGGUCCGACCACACAUCACCAUAGUUCGGGUGCUUUCCGCGCUAGGACGCAUCAUGUGCGGAAAGUGGCAGGCUAUGGGUUCGGUCUGCCGCUUGCGCGUCUUUACGCUAGGUAUUUUGGAGGAGAUAUCCAUCUUCAAAGCAUGUUUGGGUUCGGCACUGAUGCGUACAUAAGUCUGAAUCAUUUGGGGAACGUACGCGAGGCAGAAGGUACUGCGGAUUUUAUGACAUUGGAGAGCACGAUGGCCGGGGUGUAGUUGUGAAGUUUUGUGACCACAAUCGUGUUGCUCCUCUUAGCCAUUAGUUAACUGAUGGUUGUUCCUUAAUUAUGCAUUAAGAUUAAUUUGUACACCCAGUCCCACAUAAUUUAUUUACGGAAGAAAAGUAUUUCGGAGAAGAAACUUUUUGCUGCAUAAUGCAUGACUGCAGACAACUUUAUCUGUUGACUGUCCUCACUAGCACGUACCAUUUUGCCUUGUUUUUGUGCUCAAACAACCCUCUUAUAAUGAGUCAAUCAGGGGCGCCCUCCACUUUUUCACGAUGAAAAUGUGACAGAUGUGGCCCUGUGAUUUUUGAAUUUCUGGAGUACAACAAGAGUAACAAGAUUUUACUGAUCUUUUGCAAAUUGCAUUGAUUCAAUCUUGAUAUUGUUGUUGUGCUGGUUUCCUUGUACAACCUGGUGGACGUGGGUGAUCCGACGUGAAAUUUGAAUAUGUGAUGACGCUAUCUGCAAGUGAAAGGAUAAACAGCAGAAUGAU